UGCUUGCCUAGCAUGCACAAGGCCCUUGGUGCCUUAAUCUCCAGCACAGCAUAAACCAGUCAUAGUAACACGCAGCUAUAAUCCCAACACUUGCACUGGAAUGUGGAGGCAGGAGGAUCAGAAACUCAAAGCCAUCCUCAGCUAUAUACCAAGUUCCAGGCCAUCCUGUGAUACAUAAGACCUUGUCGCAAACAAAGAUGCAAAGAAACAUGAAACCAAAUUCAAUCAAGUGGCUGUUCCGGCUAGUUUUUUUUUUGUCAACUUGACACAAGCCAGAGUCAUCUGAGAGGAGGGAACCUCAACUGAGAAAACGCUUCCAUCGUAUAGGCCUGUAGUCCCACCGGAAGUUCUCUGCCCCUCGACACGGACACCUGGGUUUCCUGCCCCACAAGAGGAGCCGGAGGCAUAGGGGCAAGGUGAAGAGCUGGCCUCGGGAUGACCCCAGCCAGCCUGUACACCUCACAGCUUUCCUGGGCUACAAGGCUGGCAUGACCCACACCCUUCGAGAAGUGCACCGCCCUGGACUCAAAAUUUCCAAGCGAGAGGAGGUAGAAGCUGUGACAGUUGUGGAGACACCGCCGUUGGUGGUGGUGGGCGUGGUGGGCUACGUGGCCACUCCCCGAGGUCUGCGGAGCUUCAAGACCAUCUUCGCUGAACAUCUCAGUGAUGAGUGCCGCCGCCGCUUCUACAAGGAUUGGCACAGGAGUAAGAAGAAAGCCUUUACCAAAGCCUGCAAGAGGUGGCGAGACUCCAGCGGCAAGAAGCAGCUCCAGAAAGACUUUGCCGCCAUGAAGAAGUACUGCAAGGUCAUUCGGGUCAUUGUCCACACCCAGAUGAAGCUGCUGCCCUUUCGGCAGAAGAAGGCCCACAUCAUGGAGAUUCAGUUGAACGGUGGUACUGUGGCUGAGAAGGUGGCCUGGGCUCAGGCACGGCUGGAGAAGCAGGUGCCUGUACACAGUGUGUUCAGCCAGAGCGAGGUCAUUGAUGUCAUUGCUGUCACCAAAGGCCGAGGUGUUAAAGGGGUCACUAGCCGCUGGCAUACCAAGAAGCUGCCAAGGAAGACCCACAAAGGCCUGCGCAAGGUGGCCUGCAUUGGUGCCUGGCACCCUGCCCGAGUAGGCUGCUCCAUCGCCCGGGCUGGGCAGAAGGGUUACCACCACCGUACAGAGCUGAACAAGAAGAUCUACCGAAUUGGCCGGGGGCUGCACAUGGAAGAUGGGAAGAUGGUCAAAAACAAUGCGUCCACCAGCUAUGAUAUAACUGACAAGUCUAUCACACCAUUGGGUGGCUUCCCCCACUAUGGGGAAGUGAACAAUGACUUCAUCAUGUUAAAAGGCUGCAUUGCAGGUACCAAGAAGCGAGUGAUCACACUGAGGAAGUCUCUCCUAGUGCACCACAGCCGCCGGGCUCUGGAGAAUAUCGAGCUCAAGUUCAUUGACACCACUUCCAAGUUUGGCCACGGACGCUUCCAAACAGCGCAGGAGAAGAGGGCCUUCAUGGGUCCCCAAAAGAAGCAUCUGGAGAAAGAGAAGCCGGAGACCUCGGGAAACAUAUAAGAUGCCUGGAAUGGAGCACACUUGGGAGUGCUUCUGCUGCCUGUCCUGUCCUUUUUGUCUAAUAAAGUCCUGAGGCAAC